AUGACUACCAAUUCUCCCCCACGGGCUAUUCCUGCGCAAACUCUCGACAGCUAUACCUUCCCAACCGACCGCCUAAGACUCACUCAAAAUGAUCCUGAAAAGACUCCCUUAGUGUUGGUAGCCUGUGGUAGUUUUUCACCCAUAACCUAUCUUCACUUGCGAAUGAUGGAGAUGGCAGCCGAUUAUUGCAAGUUCAACACGGAAUUUGAACUUCUGAGUGGGUAUUUCUCACCUGUGUCGAACUUCUACAAGAAAGCUGGAUUAGCCAGUUCGGAACACCGGCUUAAUAUGUGCGAGUUGGCUGUACAAUCCUCAAAUUGGCUUAUGGUGGAUCCGUGGGAAGCUCUACAAACCGAAUAUACCCCGACUGCCCUUGUCCUUGAUCAUGUCGAGCAUGAAAUAAACAAAGUCAUGGGCGGUGCUAUACGACCAGAUGGAUCCCGAGUGCCUGUUCGCAUUGCUCUCUUAGCAGGAGCUGAUCUUAUCGAAACAAUGAGUAUUCCCGGAGUUUGGAGUGAGGCGGAUCUCCAACAUAUCUUGGGACAAUAUGGUACUUUCAUUGUGGAACGUACUGGGACAGAUAUUGAGGAUGCACUUGCAAGUCUUGAACAAUACAAGCGCAACAUUUACGUCAUUCAACAGCUGGUAACAAACGAUAUUAGUAGCACAAAGAUUCGACUUUUCUUAAGGAAAGAGAUGAGCGUGCAAUAUUUGUUACCGGCUCCAGUUAUCGAGUAUAUCGAGGAGCACCAUCUCUAUGAGGAAGAUGGUGCAUCAUCCAUUAGUGCAAGCAAAUCCAAGGCAGCUGAAGGGUCAGGUCGGGCAUCACCUGCAGUGGGAGAUGCAAAGCUCAAGAAUUAA